AUGGCAAGUUUAAGAAGUAAAGGAGAAAUUGUCUUAGCAACUGCAUCAUCUGGUAUAGCUGCAACAUUGUUACCUAGUGGUAGGACUACACACUCUCGAUUUAAGAUACCUAUUGAUAUUCAACCGAGUUCCAUUUGUGGUAUUCAAAAGCAAAAGGAUCUUGCAAAUCUCAUUAGAGUUGUUGUCGCAAUAAUUUGGGAUGAAGCACCAAUGACAAACAAAAAUUGUUUGGAAGCCUUAGAUCGAUCAUUACAAGACAUUUGUAGCAACAAUGCUCCAUUUGAGUUUGCAGAAUUUCUUAUUCGCAUUGGUGAUGGUGUUAAACCUACCAAACCAGAUGACAUGGUGAGGUUAUCUUUACAUAUUGCAAUCCCAUGGGAAGGUGAACAUUCCAUACAAGUACUUAUCCAAUAUAUUUUUCCUAAUUUAGAAUUGCAUGGUUGGGAUGCCCCAUAUAUGGUACAAAGAGCUAUUUUGACACCAACAAAUGAUGAUGUCCAAAAAUUGAAUGAUAUGAUUAUCGAUCAAUUUCCAGGAGAAGAACAUAACUUAUUAUCGUUUGAUGAGGUUGAAGGAGAUAAUCAUAAUUUAUACCAGCAAGAAUUCUUAAACUCAAUUGCACGAGGUAGUUUGCCACCAUAUAUUCUAAAGAUAAAAAGGAUGAAUAUGUUGGAUGUGGAAAUCCUGACAGGAAGCAACGCAGGAAAACGUGCUUUUUUGCCUAGAAUUAAAAUAAAAACAUCUGCAAGUGAUGGUCUGCCUUUUGUCCUUAGUAGAAAGCAGUUUCCUAUGCGACUAAGUUUUGCAAUUACAAUAAAUAAAUCACAAGGACAAACCAUUCCAAAUGCUGGAAUAUAUCUUCCACGACAUGUUUUUAGUCAUGGACAGUUAUAUGUGGCUUUAUCCAGGGGUAUUUCACAGACUACAACAAGAGUUUUAACCAGGGAAGGAAAAUUGAAAGGAGAAGAUGGUGACUACAUAAAAAAUGUAGUCUACAAACAAAUUCUUUUAUCGCACCCGCAGGUCAAGCGUUCGAAAAUUUACUCCAUCGGUUGGAGCUCCACAGUGAUAACAGAUAAAACACAACUUUGGAAAAUGGUGAAAAGAGAAAUAAUAUCUCAAAGGAUGGAGAGAAAUCCAGAGCGCAUUGAUAAAGGGAUGUACGAAGAAUUGAUUCGAAUCUUUAUAAGGGAAAAAGAAAAUACUUCGAAUAGAGAUUUCAUGUUCGGCAUUCCUCUUAAAGAACGUCAUUGA